AUGCCGGACACAGUGAGCAGCAGCAGCAGGCCGACGAGUCGAAGCGGCAGACGUCGGACGACGUCCAGAGUGACGGGCGACGAGCCGUCGACGUCGACCGCGCCGCUCGAAGACGAAGACGUCGACGAGGAGGAGCCGAUUCCCAUGGAAACGGACGAGGGAGGGCCGAUCGACGCGGCCAACGCGCGGGCCUACAUCGCCGCGAUUCUUCUCGCCGAAAAUCGAGAAGUCCGAGACAAAUUGUAGGCGGUUUCCUUGUUGUUCAUGGAUUCUAACUCGUUUUUGCAACUUUUAGGCACACCGGAAUCGCACAGAUCAAUCUGACGGACGACGGAGGGCCCGAGACCCGUACUCAGCCAGUCGUUGAACAAAUUCAGAGAGUCGAACAAGCGUAAGCCCCUCAUUUUUUGUAUAUAAAAUGCAUCAAAAACUUUGAUUUGUUGCAGAGUUCUCAACGAGACGCUCGAGGAGGUGCUGAAGGAUCCAAAGUACGCGGUGCUGGCGGAUCUGACGAAGGCGGUCGAGACGCCGGAAGACGUCGGACGGGCGAUGCAUCCGAUCGAGGUGAAGAUCGAGGAGGGCGAGACGGCCGGCGCGGCGCCGAGUGCUUCGGUGCUGCCGUCGGCGAGCGGCGGAGAGACGAAUGUGGAGAGGGCGGCGAAACGAGUGAGUUUGAAAGUCUUAUCUUAGCGAAAAAUUCGCAUUUUUCUACUAGGAUUUGGGUGAAAUUAAAAAAGAAACUGCAACUUUUUCCCAUACAAAAUAACUCCCAAAUCCGUGAAUUCACGUACAGAUCACCUUUGUCCAAUUUUGUUUCUUUUUGCAGGAAGCACACGUACUCGCGCGAAUCGCAGAGCUCCGCAGAAACGGUCUUUGGUCGAAUUCGCGUCUGCCAAAGUGCAUGGAGCCGGAGCGCAACAAAACGCACUGGGACUACCUGUUGGAGGAGGUGAAAUGGAUGGCGACCGACUUCCGCGCCGAAACGAACACGAAGCGGCGGAUUGCGAAGGCGAUCGCCCACGCAAUAGCCAAGCAGCACCGCGAUCGCGAGAUUGUGGUCGAGCGGGCGGCGGAGCGAGAGAUCAAGGAGAAGAAGCGGAUGUGCGCGAGCAUUGCGAAGAUGAUCCGCGACUUCUGGCAGGGAGUCGACAAGAUGGUCGACAUUCGCGCCAAGGAGAUUCUGGAGUCGCGGCUGCGGAAGGCACGAAACAAACAUCUCAUGUUCAUGAUCGGACAGGUCGACGAGAUGAGCAACAUUGUGCAGGAGCGCUUGGUCCCCUCGAAAACGCCUUCCAUCGCCUCGGACGACAUCAACGACAAAGAGUUCGAGGUCGGCGAGUCGGAAUCCGACGACGAGCAGACGAUUGCGAACGCGGAGAAGUCACAGCGGAAAGACGAUGUUCGGAUCGAGGUGGACGCCCUUCAGAACGAGGCGACCGUCGAGAUGGACGACUUUUUGUCGACACUACCGCCCGAAUACCUCGAGGCGUACGGACUGACGCAGGAGGAUCUGGAGGAGAUGAAACGCGAGAAUCAGCGAGAAAGAGAGGAGAAGGGGAAGCGGGAAGAGAAGGUGGCAGAUGAUCCGGCUCCAGGACCAUCCACGGCACCGGUCCCAGAAGAGGAGAAAUCGCAGGACACGGCGGCCGAGGACGGAAACGGAGACGGUCGCGGAGUGCUGCAGAACGUGGACUACCUGAAGCUGAACUCGCACGAUUCCGACGAACGACAGCAGGAGCUGGCCAACAUUGCCGAGGAGGCGCUGAAGUUCCAGCCGAAGGGCUACACGCUCGAGACGACGCAAGUGAAGACGCCGGUGCCGUUCCUGAUCCGCGGACAGCUUCGUGAGUACCAGAUGGUCGGAUUAGAUUGGAUGGUCACGUUGUACGAGAAGAAUCUGAACGGAAUUCUCGCCGACGAGAUGGGACUGGGAAAGACGAUCCAGACGAUCUCGUUGCUGGCGCACUUGGCGUGCAGCGAGUCCAUCUGGGGACCGCACCUGAUCGUCGUGCCCACCUCGGUCAUACUCAACUGGGAAAUGGAGUUCAAGAAGUGGUGUCCGUCCCUCAAGAUUCUCACCUACUUCGGGACGGCAAAAGAGCGAGCCGAGAAGCGAAAGGGUUGGAUGAAGCCCAACUGUUUCCACGUCUGCAUCACCUCCUACAAAACGGUCACCCAGGACAUUCGGGCGUUCAAACAGCGCGCGUGGCAGUAUCUGAUCCUCGACGAAGCGCAAAACAUCAAGAAUUGGAAGUCGCAGCGCUGGCAGGCUCUGCUCAACGUCCGCGCCCGACGACGUCUUCUCCUCACCGGAACACCGCUGCAGAAUUCGUUGAUGGAGUUGUGGUCACUUAUGCACUUCCUGAUGCCGACCAUCUUCUCGUCGCACGACGACUUCAAAGACUGGUUCUCGAAUCCGUUGACCGGAAUGAUGGAGGGGAACAUGGAGUUCAACGCGCCGCUGAUUCAACGUCUCCAUAAAGUGCUGCGCCCGUUCAUACUGCGUCGGCUGAAGAAGGAGGUGGAGAAGCAGUUGCCCGAGAAGACGGAGCACAUCAUCAAUUGUUCGCUGUCGAAACGCCAACGCUAUCUCUACGACGAUUUCAUGAGCCGCCGCUCGACGAAGGAGAAUCUGAAGAGCGGCAACAUGAUGUCGGUGCUCAACAUCGUCAUGCAACUGCGCAAGUGCUGCAACCAUCCGAAUCUGUUCGAGCCACGUCCUGUCGUCGCGCCGUUCGUCGUCCAGAAGAUGCAAGUCGACGUGCCUGCGUUCCUUUUCGGUAUCGCCGAGCAGAAGAGCGAGGAGGAGCCGGUGCCGGAGAUGCUCAAGUUGCGCAUCGGAUGGCAGACGCAGGUCUCGUCGACGAGGCCGCUCAUCGAGGAGAUGGAGGCGAUGGAGACGGCGCUCGAGUUGCGGCCGCCCGUCGUCGACGGAUUCCGCUUCAAUCGUACCGCCUACGUGACGAAGAACGCGCGCGACGCGAUAGAGACGAUGGCUUCGGAGGAGGAGGUUCAUCGGGCCAAUGGGACCGCUUCUGGUUCUUCUGGAUCUUCUUCUUCUCCUUUGUCGCAAACGCUGAACCGCACAGCGUCGCUGAUCCGCUCGCGGACCGUCAUGAACACGGCGCCGUUGACAAUCACCACCGACCGCAGCGGCUUCCACUACACGCUCGCGAGCAACGGACGCAGCCAGCUCGACGAGCGCGCGCCGUACAGUCCGCCACUCAAAAGGGCGAAAUUGACAGGAGCGCCGCCGAAUUGGACGGACUACGUGCCGAGGGACGUGGUGGAGAGGAUGGAAGAGUCGAAGAGGCAGCAGUUGGAGGUCGUCCGUCGACGCUUCGGACAAAUCCGCGCGCCGACGAUCGCGAGAGAGCUGUUGACGUUGCUGCGCGAGGAGAUUGUCGGAGAGUUUCCGAGUCUUUGUGUGGAAAACGACGAGAAAGUGCAGAAGAGACUGGCGGAAUACGUGGAUUUGCUCGCGGAAAGGUAAGAAUUAGAAAAAUGUUGAUUCGCCGCAAAAAAACAGUUCAGCAGUUUGAUAAACCCAAAAAUUCUAAAAAUUUCAAAGAAAUUCACAAUAAUCCUCAAGACUCUAUUUUGGCCGGUGAAAUGUUGUCAAUAAUCGGAGAAAAACGCCAAAGUCCACAAUUUUCUUUGCAGAUUCGGAAUGUACGUCGAACCGGUGCUGACGGACGCGUGGCAAUGCCGCCCAUCCUCGUCGGGCCUUCCCUCCUACAUUCGCCACAACUUCCAAAAGAUCGAGAGGGACUCGCGCGCGUACCUGCUCGGCUCCUCCUCGGACACGGACACCCGCAUGUCCAUCUGCCGCUCCCUCCAAUUCCCCGAGCUUCGACUCAUCGAGUACGACUGCGGAAAGCUGCAGACGCUGGCGGUUCUUCUCCGUCAAUUGUACCUCUACAAACAUCGCUGCCUCAUCUUCACUCAAAUGUCGAAGAUGCUCGACGUGCUGCAGACGUUCCUCUCGCAUCACGGAUACCAGUAUUUCCGGCUGGACGGCACGACGGGCGUUGAACAGAGACAGGCGAUGAUGGAGCGGUUCAACGCGGAUCCGAAGGUGUUCUGCUUCAUCCUCUCGACCCGAUCCGGCGGAGUGGGUAUCAAUCUGACCGGCGCCGACACUGUCAUCUUCUACGAUUCGGAUUGGAAUCCGACGAUGGACGCUCAGGCGCAGGACAGAUGCCAUCGCAUCGGACAGACCCGCAACGUCUCGAUCUAUCGCUUGAUCUCCGAGCGCACGAUCGAGGAGAACAUUUUGAAGAAGGCGACGCAGAAGCGACGGCUCGGCGAGCUCGCGAUCGACGAGGCCGGCUUCACGCCUGAGUUCUUCAAGCAGACCGACAACAUUCGCGAUCUGUUCGACGGCGAAAAUGUGGAUGUGGAGGCGCCGAAGGACGUGCCGUUGAACGAGAAAGAGCUGGAGAAGGCGAUGGCCAAGUGCGAGGACGAGGUGGAUGUGAACGCGGCGAAGGUGGCCGCUGCGGAGGCACGAGUCGACGUGGCCGAGUUUGACGAGAACGCGAAGGCGCCGACGAGCAAUCUGGCCGGCGGCGACGAGGAGACCGACGAGAAGUACAUGGAGCUCAUUCAGCAGGUUUUCAGCGCUUUUCCUAGACGUUCCCGGGCUAAAAUUGCGUUUUUCAGCUCAAACCAAUCGAGAGAUUCGCGAUCAACCUGUUGGAGGCCGAGUACAAGCCAGAGUUUGAGGAGGAGUGCAAGGAGGCCGAGGUUUGUACGGAAAUUACCGGAAUAUAUCUCGAAAAUCCGCGAAACUUUGACUCAAAAUUGAUCGCGAUUUUCAAUAUCGAGUAAAACAUCCUUUUUGCAGGCGAUGAUCGAGCAGAAGCGCGAAGAGUGGGACAAGAAUCUGAACGAGACGGCGGCACACGAUGCGGACGAUCUGCUGAACGAGGAUCUGCUCGGCGGUGGCGGCGAUUUCUACCAGGGCGGCAGUCUUCUAGACGAGGUACGCGAUCGUCGCAAACAGAAAACGACAGGUGCCCAUGCGGCGAAGAAAAAGGCGAAGGUGAAGCCGAAAAAGGCGACGUCGUCGGCUCAGGGCACUUCUUCUUCUUCGGUAACGGCGCGAGGCCGUUCGCCGUCGAAGCGUAAAUCGACGGCGCCCUCGUUCAACCCCUACAUUUCGAUUGCCCCCCAUGUUCUCUCGUCUCCUCCCGAUUCUCCCCCCAAAAAGAUUAGUAGACGGUGUGUGGCGGGUGGUGGUACGGUAGCCGGUGGGGUUGGUGGUAGUGGGAAGGUGCGAUCGGCGAGAAAAAGCGUCAAACGGACAGUGAUGAUCAAGGAGAAAACGACGAAAGAAGAGGAGGGGGAAGACGAUGCGGACGCGGAAGAAGAAGAGGAAGAGUACAAGGAGCCAGUGAUGCCGAGCAGAAAGAAGGUUACGGUGGUGCGGAAGGUGAUCGCCCGACCGAUCACACCUAUGGGAACCCCCUCAACGACGCUUCCGAAGCAGGGACCGCUCAUCUCGCCGCCACGUCCUCCCGUUUCAAUUCCAUCCGGACCUUCCACUUCUGGACCUGCUCCGCGACCGAUUCGAACAGUGCUGAACCGUCCGCCGACGUUGAUGCCGGUGAAAGUUAUCAAAAUGGGAACAGGACAAACCGGGGCGCACGGGCUCACCUCCGCCACUCAUUUUGUGCGUCGACCAGUUGGAGCCGGAGGAGUGGCGAGCACAGUCGGCGGUCCCACUCGUUUCCCGAUUGUCCGAUUGCCGUCGUCGUCUUCGCAAGGACCUUCAACUUCUACUUCUUCGACUUCUGCAUCGUCGAGUUCGCAACCGCAACAUCCGCGAUUCGUGGUUCCGAUGAGAGCCCGCCCGGCUCCUUCGACUUCGGGAACGCCCGGAAAGAUGAUGUUCCCGGUGCGAGUGGUCCAACGCGUUCCCGUCCAAUCUGCGGGCGCCAAUCCGUCGGGUUCCAGCGCCGACCGCCCAACUUUUGGGAUCUACGAGCGACCGCGACUUUCUCUGCGUCAACGCGGUGAGUCCGAGCUGGGAUCUUCUCGUUUUCCGGCUCCGGCUCCUUCUCCUUCUUCGGCUCAACCGGCUCCACCGAAACCCGUUCUUUCCGCCCAACCACCACCACCCUAG